GCCCACCCCUCAGCCCGCCCCCAGACGGGGUGUGGUGACUUCCUCCCAGAGGAACAGAGUCCUGCCCUCUGAGUCGGGAAGUUUGGAGGAUGAGGCCCGUCAGCCCGGAGGUUGCCCUAGGCCUGCCCGGUGCCAUGGCGGCCCACCUGCUUCCCAGCUGCGCCCUCUUCCUGACCUUGCUGGGCACGGCCCCCGGCUCCGGGGACCCCGUGGUGCCCAGCCAGCCCUUCACCACCGUCUGGAACGCCAACACGCAGUGGUGCUUGGAGAGGCACGGCGUGGACGUGGACGUCAGUGUCUUUGACGUGGUGGCCAACCCGGGCCAGACCUUCCUCGGCCCGGACAUGACCAUCUUCUACAGCUCCCAGCUGGGCACCUACCCCUACUACACGGCCGCCGGGGAGCCCGUGUUCGGCGGCCUGCCCCAGAACGCCAGCCUGGACGCUCACCUGGCCCGCGCACACCGCGACGUCCUGGCCGCCAUGCCUGCCUCUGGCUUCUCGGGGCUGGCGGUCAUCGACUGGGAGGCCUGGCGCCCACGCUGGGCCUUCAACUGGGACGCCAAGGACAUCUACCGGCAGCGCUCGCGGGCGCUGGUUCGGGGGCAGCACCCCGACUGGCCGGCUCCUUGGGUGGAGGCAGCAGCCCAGGCCCAGUUCCAGGGGGCCGCCCAGGCCUGGAUGGGGGGCACCCUCCGGCUGGGGCGGGCCCUGCGGCCUCGCGGCCUCUGGGGCUUCUACGGCUUCCCUGACUGCUACAACUACGACUUCCUGAGCCCCAACUACACCGGCGAGUGCCCGCCGGGCGUCCGUGCCCAGAACGACCAGCUGGGGUGGCUGUGGGCCCAGAGCCGCGCCCUCUACCCCAGCAUCUACCUCCCCGCAGCGCUGGAGGGCACAGGGAAGGCACAGGCGUAUGUGCGGCACCGAGUGGGUGAGGCAUUCCGUGUGGCUGGGGGUGCUGGGAACCCCAGUCUGCCGGUGCUGCCCUAUGUCCAGAUCUUCUACGACAUGACCAGCCGCUUCCUGUCCCUGGACGAGCUGGAGCACAGCCUGGGGGAGAGCGCGGCCCAGGGAGCGGCGGGAGCGGUGCUCUGGGUGAGCUGGGAGAACACGAAGACCAAGGUCCGUUCCUGGGGCAAGACCAUGCAGCUGGGCACGGCCCUGGUGCUCGGGGCGGCCCUGUGCCUGGGGUGUGGCCAGCCCCCACCUGGGGCCCCGGGAAUCCCCUUCUCCGUGCUGUGGAACGUGCCGUCGGCACGCUGUAGGGCCCGCUUUGGCGUGCCCCUGCCGCUAGAGGCCCUGGGCAUCACUGCCAACCGUGGGCAGAGUUUCCAUGGGCAGAACAUCACCAUCUUCUACAAGAACCAGCUCGGCCUCUAUCCCUACAUUGGGCCCAGGGGCACAGCUCACAAUGGGGGCAUCCCUCAGGCUGUGCUCCUUGACCGCCACCUGGCACGCGCCGCUUACCAGAUCCACCGCAGCCUGAGACCCGGCUUUGCUGGCCUGGCAGUGCUGGACUGGGAAGAAUGGUGUCCACUCUGGGCUGGGAACUGGGGCCGCCGCCGAGCCUACCAGGCAGCCUCGUGGGCGUGGGCACAGCAGGUACUCCCGCACCGGGACCCCCAGGAGCAGCUCCGCCAGGCCCGGGCUGCCUUUGAACACGCGGCGCGAGCGCUGAUGGAGGGCACCCUGCGGCUGGGCCGGGCACUGCAGCCCCGGGGGCUCUGGGGCUUCUAUCGCUUCCCGGCCUGUGGCAAUGGCUGGCACGGUGUGGCUUCCAAUUACACAGGCCACUGCCACCCGGCCACCCGUGCCCGCAACACCCAACUGCAUUGGCUCUGGACCGCCUCCAGCGCCCUCUUCCCCAGCAUCUACCUCCCGCCCAGGCUGCCGCCCGCUCACCACCAGGCAUUUGUGCGACACCGCCUGGAGGAGGCCUUCCGCGUGGCCCGCUCUGGGCACCCCCACCCCCUGCCGGUCCUGGCUUACACCCGCCUCACACGCCGACGCUCUGGAAGGUUCCUGUCCCAGGACGACCUUGUGCGGACCAUCGGCGUGAGCGCAGCGCUGGGGGCAGCCGGCGUGGUGCUCUGGGGGGACCUGAGCCUCUCCAGCUCUGAGGAGAAGUGCCGGCACCUUCAUGACUACCUGGUGGACACCCUGGGCCCCUUCGUGAUUAACGUGACCAGGGCGGCCACAGCCUGCAGUCACCAGCGGUGCCAUGGCCAUGGGCGCUGUGCCCGGCGAGACCCAGGACGGCGGGAAGCCUUCCUGCACCUGCAGCCAGGGGGCAGCGCUGGAGCCUGGGAGCCCUUUACUUGCCGCUGUUACUGGGGCUGGGCGGGCCCCACCUGCCAGGAGCCCAGGCCUACGCCAGGGCCUAGAGAAACAGCAUAAAGCCCGGGGUUACCUGCUGUGACCCUCUUGUCCCCGCCGCCAUUUCGCAGCCCUUGAGGAUUCUGUCCCACUCUUGUUCUAUUUAGCUUAACAGUCCUCUCUCACACACACCCUCCUUCCCAUGGGAUCCCUGGGGAGUGGAAGGGGAAAGGGGCCAGAACAAAACUCCCACUAUUUUAAAACCAGAGGCCCUCACAUCACCUGAUCCCUGCUACAAAGGAAGCUGACCUAGGGGGAGAGAGAAGGUUCCAGAUGGUUAGGGUGCCAGCCCAGGGCUCUAUUCCUACACAUCACGGGUCCAUGGAGAUGCCGAAGGAAGGGGACAGGCGGGUCUCAUGAUCUUGACUAAGGUCUGUACUGCUAAACAGUUGUCUGUACUUUGCUUUCAUCAUAAAGUCACUUUUUCUUUCGC